AUGGAGUUGCUAAGCCAAGUGUCUAAUGUGCAGUUUUUGUAUCCAGCCGCAGCGGUUGCGGUAGUUUUAAUAUGUGCCGCGUUAGUAUUUAUUUUCGGGUUUCACUCCGCAGAACAGCCGCAAUUCGAUAAGUUGCCUCUUGUUUUGGAUGAUAGAAAAUCUUCCAAUAAGAAGAGGAAAAUUAAAGAAAAGAAAUCUUCACCCAACCGCGCAGCUGAUGAUGUGAAGACAAAGACAGAUACUUCUAAAAAAUCUCCCGCAAAGGAGAAGAAAGAAGAAAAGCCGAAAGAACCUGAGAAACCAAAACCUAAAGAAAAAGUAACUGAACCUAAAUCCCUUAAAAAGGAAGCUCUUGGUGAAGCAAAAAAAGGCAAAAAGAAACUUAUUGUAGAAGUUGAAAAGCCAGCUGAUUUUGAUGAAGGUGUGUGGGAGGAAGUACCUAAAAAGAGUGACAAGAAAAAGGUGAAGAGUGAUGAGAAAGAUAAGAAGGAUAGUCCAUCUAAAAAAAAUAAGAGGAAGACCAAGGAUGCUGAUAUUGAAGCAGCUCGAUCAGCUGAAGAAGUAGCUGAAGAACCAGUAAAAGUAACAAUUUCUGUCGAUAAUCCUAUUGAUGAAGAAACAAAUCGUGCUUUACAAGCGCAAGUAGAGGAGUUCCAACGAGUGCUUAAAGAGGCUGAACGCCGUGAGCAAGCUGCUCUUGGUAGCACAGAAGAAGAAGAGACUGCUGAAGAUGAGUUGACGGAGGUGAAGGAUCUUAGGAGCAUUAAGAAAAAGGAAAAUAAGGAGAAACAAACAAAAAAGAAAGCAGCUGAGUCUGCUGUAACUAAGAGUGCUGCUAAAACUGAUGAGAAGGAUGCAUCUGAUUCCUCUGAUAAACAGGACAAUAAUCAAAAUGCACCUGUUUUUGAUGAACUCGGGGACACAUGGAGAGAUGCCAAGGUUUCCGAAAUUCGCAGUAAAGUAUAUUUUGCGUUGUAA